UGGUUUUCCUUUGCUGUGGCUGUCCAGCAGGAAACAGGGGACGUAAGAAAAUAGAGGAGAAAAGUUCAAGUGUUUGCUUUAUGUAUUUUUCUUCCCACCUCGAGACGUACAGACAAAAUGCUGGAACAUAUGACUAAAGGGCACCCUAAACUUUCAUUAUUUGUAGCGCUUUUUGAUUUUCCCAUUUAGUGACUCAGCAUUUUUGUCACAGUUUUUGUACAGUAGGCUGAUUUACUCCAAGCGGUAUAAGGAUAAAGAGUGACCGCUAUUUGUGCUGUGUUGCCACAAUGGGAAGAGAUGCAGAAAAGGAACGAGGAGCUAGAGUGCAGGAUGUGGGAAGACAAAUGAAGGGGUUUCGAUGCCAAAUGAAUGUCAGCGGAAAGGAGAGCUACGGACACUGAGGGCUGAACACAAGUAAACUCAUUUUUCAGAGUUAAAGAAUUAUUUAAAAAAAAAACAAGAUGGGGACGCCUGGUUCUGGAAGGAAAAGAACACCCGUGAAAGAUCGAUUUUCUGCAGAAGACGAGGCUUUGAGUAACAUCGCUAGAGAGGCAGAAGCAAGGCUAGCAGCAAAGCGGGCCGCCCGGGCCGAAGCGAGAGACAUCCGCAUGAGGGAACUGGAACGACAGCAAAGAGAGCCUUCUCAUCAUUGCUCUGACCGGAAAUGGGGACAGAUUCAAAAGUGGCUGGAAGACUCAGAGAGGGCCAGGUAUUCUCACCGGUCUGGCCAUCACCGUUCUUAUCUGGGAGUUGAGGAUACAUUGUGUCUUCGAAGCCUUGGCAGUCACAGGUACGAUACCCUCAAGGACAGAUCAUCAAGGGUUCCAUCAUUAAAUUAUUCUUACAGUCACACCUAUGGGAUGAAGAAGCGAUCUUCUAGUUCUCAUAAAGACCCCCUGAGUGGCCUCUAUUUUGACCAGAGAAACUAUAGCAGUCUUAGACAUAGCAAACCUGCCUCUGCCUGCUACUAUCGGUCUUCUUCCCUGUGCAGUGACCCUCUGGGGACAUCGAGUAAGAACAGGGCCUCCUCUGCUGCAAAUUCUGGUCUGCUGAGAAGUGCCAGCCUGGCAUCAUUGUCUGGUGGUGGAUUAUAUAACCCUUAUGGUUCUCGAACUCCAUCUGAAUACAGUUACUACUCAUCGAGAGCAAGUUCCUCCCGAAGCAGUCCUGUGUCUAUCGACGAUGACACCGCAAGCAUUGUGUCUUCUGAUCGUGCCAGUCGUGGGCGAAGGGACAGUGUGGUCUCUGCUGCUGAUUAUUUUAGUCGCUCCAAUCGUAGGGGGAGUGUUGUCUCUGAGGUGGAUGACGCCGGCAUCUCAGACUUGACCAGCUUGGAUGAAAAAUCAGACAAACAGUAUGCUGAAAAUUACACAAGACCUUCAUCUCGAAAUUCUGCCUCAGCUACGACACCUCUAAGUGGAAACUCAUCCAGACGGGGCAGCGGGGACACCAGCAGCUUAAUAGACCCAGACACCUCGUUAAGUGAACUGCGGGACAUCUAUGACCUGAAGGACCAGAUACAUGAUGUAGAAGGGAGAUACAUGCAGGGACUUAAGGAACUGAAGGAGUCUUUGUCUGAAGUCGAAGAGAAAUACAAGAAAGCCAUGGUGUCCAAUGCACAGCUCGACAAUGAGAAGAACAACCUGAUCUACCAGGUGGACACCCUCAAGGACGUUAUUGAAGAGCAGGAGGAACAGAUGGCAGAGUUUUACAGAGAAAAUGAAGAGAAAUCAAAGGAGUUAGAAAGGCAGAAACAUAUGUGCAGUGUGUUGCAGCAUAAAAUGGAUGAACUCAAAGAAGGCCUUCGGCAGAGAGACGAGCUCAUUGAGGAGAAUCAGCGCCUUCAGCAGAAAGUAGAUACCGUGACAAAAGAGGUGUUUGACCUCCAAGAGACCCUGCUUUGGAAAGAUAAAACAAUUGGGGCCCUAGAGAAACAGAAAGAGUACAUUACCUGCCUCAGGAGUGAGCGAGAUGCGCUCAGAGAGGAGCUGCCUGACCUGCAGGAGACAGUGGCGACAGCAGAGAAACAUGGCUUAGUUAUAAUCCCAGACAGCACUCCCAAUGGUGAUGUCAAUCAUGAACCUGUGGCUGGAGCCAUUACUGCUGUGUCUCAGGAAGCGGCUCAGGUCUUGGAGUCAGCAGGAGAAGGGCCACUAGAUGUGAGGCUACGGAAACUUGCUGGCGAAAAGGAGGAGCUCCUGUCACAGGUUAGAAGACUGAAGCUGCAGAUAGAGGAAGAACGGCAGAAGUCUGCAAGGAAUGACGGCACAUCUGGGGACCUGGCGGGACUGCAGAAUGGCUCAGAUUUGCAGUUCAUUGAGAUGCAGAGAGAUGCCAAUAGACAAAUUAGUGAAUACAAAUUCAAGCUUUCCAAAGCAGAACAGGACAUAACCACCUUGGAACAAAGUGUCAGCCGGCUUGAGGGCCAGGUGCUGCGCUACAGAACUGCCGCUGAGAAUGCAGAGAAAAUCGAAGAUGAGCUGAAAGCAGAAAAGAGGAAGCUGCAGCGAGAGCUACGGACAGCACUGGACAAGAUCGAGGAGAUGGAGAUGACCAACAGCCACCUGGCAAAGCGGCUGGAGAAGAUGAAGGCCAACAGGACAGCCCUGCUAGCCCAGCAGUAGGGGACGGACCUUCUGCCUGGGUGCUGCUCUGAGGGCUGCCCAGAGACACUGACUCUUUGUAUAUUGACACAAGCUUUUCGAGUACUGUUUGAGUCUUGUCAUUAAACAGCCACCUUUGUAUUUUAUAAUUUAUGAGAAUGAAGCAGGUCUAAUUGUCAUGAAUUUGAAUUUUGUUUGUAGUUCACUUCUAGCGUGAGAACUAGUCUGUGCUGUUUUAUUUUUAAUUUUCAAUAUCCUAGAAUCAUGUGUUCUCACCAUCUUCCUCCAGCUGCCUCAUUGACUGGGCACGUGGGAGGCUGUGGUGUGGGUCUGGAGGAUAGCCGUUCUGAGUGCUGAGACACUUGCUGGAGACCUCAAAACACAAGUGCCUUCUCCACGGUGUGAUCCAAGCUUCAGAGACCGAGUGGCCAAGAUUCCUACUCUUCUCCCAGAGCAUUUAUAUUUCAGUGAGGAAGUAUUCAGGGGUGGGGAGUCUGUGUUUCGAUCAAAUUUAUGUUUGGAGAAAAAAGGCCUUUUUUUGUAAGAUAUUUAAAUUUAUAUAAAAAUGUUAGAAAAAGAUAUGGGGAGUGUAUAUUAAACUUGAUUGCAUGUGGCAGAGGAAGUCUAGACUUUUACUCUUAAAAUUAAGAGUAGGGUCCUUAGUCUGCGUAUCCACUGUGCUGUUCCUUGUAUUUUCAUCUGCUGCUGAUUUGUGAAAUGAAACCUCAGACAAGCUCGAGGGUUGAGGGAGGGCAGUACAGGCAGGUAGGGAAUCUGCCUGAAAACUAUUAAACAAACCCUCCUGCCAUCCAGGAUUGGCGGACACAGUCAUUGUUACUGAAGCUUUUUAGGACAAAUCAUGGCAACCAUGUACAGUCCUGUCUUGCCUUCUUCUUUUCUCAAGACGAGAUAACCCAGAACACAGAACUUUUAAAGUUUUUUGAGAGACAGCGUCUAUGUAGCCAGGUUGGCCUUCACCUCAUAGUCAUCGUCCUUGGGCCUUUUGAGUGCUGGGACUCCAUCCAUUGCCUGGCUCUAGAAUAGACACGCCUAAGAACUUGCAUUUCAUCUCUAAAGGCACCAGUUCAAGAUAUCUCCCUCCCCUACCAUAGCCACUUCACAGGGUUUGUGAUUCUCUUUUGUCAGAAUCAAGGUGGUUUCGUGGGAAUGAUUACUGUAGCUCAAAGUGUUUACAAAGAAACUAUAUUGAGGAAAAGUCUAAUGAAUCAAAGCCUCUUAAUAAAUCUAGACUUGGAACUAGAUAAUAAAGUUAACUAAAAAGU